GUUAGUUGAUUUGUUGAAGUCUCAGAGGUAGGCGACAACAAAGUGCCGCGUAUUAAAUAUAGUUAAGUUUGUUUUCAAAGAGUGAACUGCCGGAGAUCUGAUACGUCGAGGAUUUCGCCGUUAAGGAAUACUUCUGUUGACAUUCGUUAAGAAGAAAUUUGUGCUGAUUAAUCAUUUGUCGAUCAACUUCGGAGUGUCGCGGGCCGUCGCAACUGCUGCUGACGGCCGUACUUCACCUGUCAGAGAAUCGGGUUAUACGCUUAUCAAGUCACCGAAUCUUCGCAGAUUAGCUACGUCCAGAAAUCACCGUUCCUCCCACUCUUCUCAGCACCUGGACAUCGCCACUCUAUACAGGGUGUUACAAAAAGGUACCAGCGACUGCAUCGACUUUGGUACCUACCUGACAAACCACUUAACUGUUCUAGUCAGCCGCUCUCGCCUAGUCCCGCCUUCCAGCCGGCACAGACGACACAGCCAUGGCUUUCGCGGGCCUCAAGAAGCAGAUCAACAAAGCCAACCAGUAUGUCACAGAAAAAAUGGGAGGUGCCGAGGGCACCCAGAUGGAUGAAGACUUCACAGAUAUGGAAAAGAAAACGGAUGUCACUUACGAGUUGGUUGAAGAGCUACAAAUUAAAACAAAGGAGUUCCUGCAACCUAAUCCAACAGCAAGAGCAAAGAUGGCUGCUGUUAAAGGAAUCUCAAAGCUUAGUGGGCAAGCAAAAGCCUCAACAUACCCACAGCCAGAAGGAGUUCUUGGUGAAUGCAUGGUAACCUAUGGAAGAAGGCUUGGUGAUGACUCUAUUUUCGGCUCCGCUCUAUGUGAAAUGGGCGAGUCCAUGAAACAAAUGGCUGAUGUAAAAUAUUCCUUGGAUGACAACAUUAAACAGAAUUUCCUAGAACCACUCCAUCAUCUACAGACAAAGGAUUUGAAAGAAGUAAUGCAUCACAGAAAGAAGUUGCAGGGACGAAGACUAGAUUUUGACUGCAAGAGAAGACGGCAAGCCAAAGGGUCUCACAUUACAGAUGAGGAAAUAAAGAUGUCAGAAGAAAAAUUUGCUGAAUCACUCCAACUUGCUCAAAUUGGAAUGCACAAUUUGUUAGAGAAUGAUAUCGAGCAAAUUUCACAGUUGGCAACUUUUGCAGAAGCCUUACUUGAUUACCAUCAACAGUGUGUUGAAAUCCUGAGAAGCCUUACAGAAACACUCCUGGAAAAGAAACAGGAAGCAGCAAAUCGACCCAAGUCUGAGUUUGUGCCAAAGACUCUGCAUGAUUUGCAUGUUGAAGGCCUGACAGAUGGUUUGAAUGGUACGCAUCCACAUCACCCUGCAGCCAGUACGGGUCAGUACGGCAGAGCAAGGCAUGAUGAUCCAUUUGAUCCCUGGCAUGCCCCACCAGUAAAAGGCUCUUCACUGGCCUCUUCUCCUGUGCACCCAAAACCGAACCAACUGGAGCUGUUUCCCUCAGGCAAUGUGCCACGUUCUGCUAAUGCAUCUCCUCUUCCAUCUCCUAUGCGUUCUCCUGCACGGUCUGCUGUACCAAAAAUGCCGUGCUGCACUGCACUGUACGAUUUUGAGCCAGAGAACCCAGGAGAGCUAGGUUUUAAGGAAGGAGAAACAAUAACACUAACAAACAAAAUUGAUGAGAACUGGUAUGAGGGCACCGUCAAUGGCCGAACUGGAUAUUUCCCUGUAACUUACGUACAGGUUGUUGUCCCUCUUCCGUGAACUGUCUCUUGUAUUAAACUACAAUUUGCAGCUGUUACUACUGUUCUCAUAUUGACAUGUGUGUUGUUUCCAUCCAGAUACUUGGUAAUUGUUAGUAAGCUCUUCAGUUAUACAAUUUUAUGAAUGAUACUGCAUGCUGAUUCAUAAAACCAAUUUAUUUGGAUUGAAAUGUUCCAAGGAAUAAGCAGAUUUUUUUAUGUGAAAUCAGAAAAUAAUACUCUUAGGUAAGACUGUUGGAAACUGUCAUGUAUUAUGUACUUUCACUAUUUGAUUGCUCUGUUGGUGUUUUGUUAAUUACGAAAUUGUUUGUGAAGGCUGUACCCACUUUGAGUAAUUUACUUGAUUGCUAGGUGGGGUGCGGCCAUUAACAGAGCUAAUACCCAGUAUUGGUUCUGUCAGUCUGAUUAAGAGUCUGUUGAUUCAUGACUGCAUUCAAACAGUGCAGGGACAAUAAUUAUUACUGAAAGUUCUUGUCAGUGUUGAUUCUCUUGUAGAAUAUGAAUUAAGCACUAAUGUUAUUACUUGUACUCUACCUUCACUGUCUAUAAACUGAUAAAUAAGAGCAAUUUAGGAAAAGUAGUUCUUUUAUUUCUUGGAGCAUUCAGCAUUACGAAGUAAUUUUCGAAAAAGUACUUCUUUGUUUAUAACCCUUGUACAAGUAUUUUCUCAUAGUCAUUUCUUUUUCAAAAAGGAAAAGAACCAUGGUUGUUACAGAGGUAAUAUUACACCAUACUUCAUGAAACCAUUUCAUAAUGGGAAGAGAGAAGGGUUGUAGAUAGUCCUUGCAGCAAUGAAAACUAAAAAUAUUUAUGAGAUUUGUGUUAUUAAUCUCAUAUGUCUGCUAGUUUUAAAGGAUGCAUUCCAACACAAAACAUGGUCAAACUCAUUGUCAUGUGAUUUAAUUUCGUUUAGUACAAUGCUCACUUAAGUGUGAGUACAAUAAGAUUAGUAUUCAUGACACAACAUGAACUGAGGUACACAGAUUAUUAUAUAACUUGUGAUAUGACUGUUACAUCUGUGUUGUUUUGUGUUUGUAUUACAUGUAGUUAAUACACAUACCAUUUCACUGCAAUUUCUCAUGGAACACAUUAAAAAUGAAAAAGUCUGCAUUUCCUUAAGUAAUAUGUAAGUAAAAACUGCUGAAUAAAUAAAAACAAAAAAUAAAUAUAAUGAAUUUAGAGAUGGACUAUAAAUAUAAAAAUAUAUGUAGGAGCAUGCUGCAUCAUGUAAAUGAUAUAUUGUUAUUCUUAAAAUGAUGUCUAGUAUUCUGUACAUUUAACAUAGUACUUAAACAGGAUAUUUAAAAAAAUACUACAAAUUUUGUUCAGCUUUCAACAAGGUUUGUGAUAGUGGAGAAAAAUAGUGUGGUAGAAACUGUAUCAGCUGUCCCUUUUACAUUGCAUAUUGAUGCAUUCACAAAAUAAUUAAAAACGUUUUGUUCAUAUUAUAUGAAUCAUUUCUCCUUUCCUUCUUAGACAAUACUAUUAUUACUUGGUGAGAACUUCUAGUAGAACAAUAAAGAUUCAAAUGAAGGUAAUGUGCCACUCAUUUAGCAGAUGAGUUUGUUGGUGAAAAAUAAAAUAUUCAUUCUUUUCUCAUUGCAUGCAUUUAUGGAAACAGCAACUUAAUUCUUUCCUGGUACUUCAUUUGCUAAAUGAAUGGCUCAGCUUUUAUUGGAUGCUGUCAUUCUUUUGAAGGGGCCUUCUGCAGGUAUGGUAAACUAAAUGAUUGUUCUUAAACAGUAGAAAAUUGGAAAAAAGUUGAAUAAAACAAAGCUACAGAGGAAAGAAAAUACUUCAGUACUCCUUGAGAAUGAAAGCAGAGUUUAAGAAGCCUCAUAUGGGAAACUUGGUCCAGGCAUUCCAGGAUCAUCUGUGAUAUUGACCUAUUCAAAUAUAGAUGAUUCUUAAGAUUUAUUAGAUGUUCAUAUUGUCUCAGAGGGGUAUUUCAAAUGAUCAGAUUCAUUUAAAAGAACAGUAAGUAAUCAAAAUGUUAAUAUCGCCUUCAUACUGCUUCUUUAUUAUUUUCAUUUUAAAUUUUUUAAUUAUUUUCUCUAUCUAGGAAAUUGCACUCAUGCUCUGUAGUUAGUACAAGAUUUGACUGUGGAAUCUAGUCAGUCAUGAAAGCAUCACAAAUGUAUGAGGGAUUGCUAACAUUAAUUGCUUUUACAAAUAACAUUUUUUUAUGAUUUUAAUGAUGGAUGAUAUUCAUACCCCUUUCUAGUCAUCUGUUGUGGUUUAAAAUCAGAAUAAUAAACCAUAAUGCUUGAAACCAACAAGUUUCUAGUUUUUUUUCGGAAUUUUAAACAUAGAUUGGUGGCCAUGUUAAGACAGCAUUAAAAAUCACUGUAAAUGCUUUCCUUUUAAAUAAUCAGUGAACAAUGUGAUUGAUCAUGCGUUAUGUGAAUGCAAUUCUAUUUUUGUACAUGCCAAAGUAUAUUUUGAAAAGUUUAAGGCCCAAAGAUAAGUUUUUCCUGCAACUGAACAUUGAAGAAAAAAUGUUGGAUUGUAAGCUCUCAUAUAGGCAGCACAUUGGUAAUAUGGUCUUUCAAUGUAAAUUUUAAUUGCAGUCUUUUUUAAAAUAAUUUUUUUUUCAAAAUUUCAAUUCAGAUCACAAGGUGGAUGGAAUUUCAGAAAGUGUCCCGGUGGGUUAUUAAUGAUUUGAAUAAUUUUCUGCAGUAAUCAUAGGGAAGGUUGAUUAGUUUUAUUUUUUUAUCUUAUUGUGCCACAAAUAUAGUGAAACUGAAUUUGUUAUGUAUGUGUAGUGUACAACCUAUAUUUGAUUGUCUAUAGACUGCUUAAUCUAUUAAUAAGUGAUAUUUAUGUUUUACACAUUAAAUGAAGUCUAUGUCACCUGCAUUUAAAUAAAGUUUGAAGUGUGCUACAUAAUAAUGACAUGCAACAGAACUCAGUUGAUUGAGGUUACACAGUGCAGAUUAACAGAACUUCUUAAUUAUUUGUUUUGCAGUGCAACACAUCUAGUAACAUUGAGUGAUUUCUUUAUAUAGGAAAAUGUCCAAAAGAGAGAAUUUUUUCCACUUCAUUCAUACAUUGAACUUAAAGGGAAACAGUUACAUUAUCUAACUUAAAAAAGGUUUUAAGAUUUUGUUUAAGAACAACUGAGCUGGAACUUAUUUCUUAUUUGUGCUCUUUUGACUAAGUACCUUAAUCCAAGAACAGUUUUCAAAUUGAAAUUGGAAGCAAUAACUCAGUAUUGUUGUUAACUUUCUGUUCUUUCGUUUCUUAAUUUACACUAAGCCUCCUAAGAAAUUCUCUGCCUGUGCCUAUGCCUGUGCUGCAGUAGUAUACAUUGCCUAAAGAACCAGGAAAAUGAAAGAUGAUUAGAAUAUCAAACCUUCCAAAGCAAUGUAUUUUCAAACCUUACUUAUUUUGAACUCUGAAUGGAGAUAUGUUGCUUCUAAAUACUUCAGUAUUGUGGCAAGAUAUAUGCUUGUUUCCUGUUGGAAUUUUUUUUUUUUUCAUUGUUGUGUGUUGUAAUUCAAUAGUUAUUGAGAAAUAUUUUGAAAUUCUUAGUCUUUCCUCCUAAUUUCUCUAACAUAGUUGAAUAACUUGUGGGUGGCAUCAUUUAAUGAAAUGUUCUUAAUGUUUGGAACACAAACCAUCACUUGACAGGGAUGUCAUUGUAUGCAUGUGAGUCCACUGAAAAGAGCCAAGUAGUUAUAUGCUCCUGUACUUCGGGAUAUGCUGAAGAAAUGGAUUGCACUUGUGUUCUAGACUUGUGUAUCUUGACAAUAUUGGGGAGAGCAGACAAUAUAUUUUGAGAAAACCCUGUUCUUGAUAUUGUGAAGGCCAUUAUUUUUCAUGUAUAAAUACAUACAGUAAUAUUUUUUAUCAGUGUUGUUUCAUCUAGUGCUUUAGCAUAUGUCCUCUUGUAGCAAACAAUUUGAUAAAAUAUUAGAUUAUUAGAUGCAAUACUGCACAAUUUCAUAAAUACAACUGUUGAUUUAAAUCCAUAAUUGAGAAUUUAGAAACUGUAGAAUAUCAGUGUUUCUGUACAAAUAUUUACUGAACUGUAAUCAGGAGAGAUGAUAAAUUAGACAUAGAAUUAUUAACACAAAAAUGGAACCAUGUUGUUCACUGUACAGUAUGUCACAUAAACUCACAUGGAAGGCAGCUGUAAAGCUUCCUACCAGUUAAGUUUUAAGCAAACAGAUAUUAUUGUAAUAGAACUGAUCAAUGAACUGAAAAUGUAAUGUGGAUAGAGAAUAUUUACUCACCAAGCAGCAUUAUGUAAAACUAUGGAGAAAGGUAUAAAAUAUCUGCUUUUAAACCAAUGACUGCUGCUUUUAGUAUAAGAGAGGAAUGUGUUGAAUAAAAAAAGACUGGUAAGGCUUAAGAACACUGGAAAAGUCACCCAGAACCUAGAGUCAAGGAAGACUUACAGUGCAUUUCCAUUUCUUGCCAUUUGGUGAGGAAAUUUGCCCUAUCCAUAUUAUCGAUAUUGCUUUAAGGAACUUUCUUACAAGUACACAUUUAAUUACCUAGUUUCAGUAUGCAGUUUGUCCUUAUGGUUGACAUUUCUCUUACAAAGAAAUAAAUAAUCUUGUAGUCAUAUUUGUUUACACUUGAUUACAUCAGUAAAGAAAAGCUUCUCAGUGAGCAUCUUAAAACAUUUACAUAAGUGCAACUGUGUGUGUUCUCUAAUGGCUCAUAGUAUUCUUAUAGUAGCUAUCCUGUCAGAGACAGUUCAUUUCCUGAAUGCAUUCUUCCUAUCUCACAGAAAGAUAAUGACAUAAGCAAUAAGUGUUCUUGAGAUUUCAUGUGCUAAACUUACUCUGUGAAUCAUCUCCUUAUGAAAUUCUUGUUGUUUGUCUGUACUGAUGGAUGUUCAAAUAAUGUAUACCACUGAUGACUAUAUGUUUAAGCAAUUAUUACGCUAGAGGACUGUGUAAAGUCCUUGCAUUUUCUUGCAGUCUAGCAGCUUAUGAAUCUAGCUAUUUUUGAGUGUUGAACAUUUUGGAGUGUGUGUUUGUGUAUGUUAAUGAAAGUACACGACUGAGUUGUUGAGAGAUUGUGUUUGUAUGAUGUUCAAUGUUUAAGGAAUUUGUAUCCCAUAAUGGCAUAUGAAAUAUUAUGCAUUUAUGUUGAUAUGUUUUGGGAGUUGUCUACUGUAAACAUUCCAUGUAUAUCUGUGGCAUGUUAAAGAACUUCAGAUGUACUAUGAAACAUAAUAUUCAAGACUCGACUAUAAUCUUUUCUGAGUGUUGGUAUAUGGCAUCUUUUUACUCACUUAUAUAAUUUUUGUGUGAUUAAAAUUCUUUGUUCCAGCAGAUUUUAUAAACAUGUGGAUGAAAACACAAAAUUAUGAGUUUGUGAUCACUUGCAUGCCAUUGCUUUCAUCUUGGUUCCGUGACCCUUUACUGCGGGUAAUAUAAAAUAGGUUGCACAAGUUAGAUUUGUGUGCUAUGUAAGUAUACAUGAAAUUACUCACUAUAUGGACUGUUAUUGAAGUUGAGAUGUAAAUGUUACAAGUAUUGUAUUAUGUUUCUCUUGAUACAGCUUUCUGGUUUUGAAGUGCAUAUCAGUCAAAUGUGUCUGACAUUCAGUCCUUUCAAAUUCAGCAACAGUAUUAAAAAGAAACAAAUUAUUAUAAAUAUGGAACAUGCAAGUGUUACAGAAAUAUAUCAUUGUUGACCCAUUUUGAAAUAUUUAGAAUGUGAUGUUCUUGCUGAAAUUUAAGAUUGAUAAUUAUUUAUUUUUUUCUAAAUAUGCAUAUACACUACAUAGUUAUAAUAGCAGUUCAUUGUUACAGUGAUGAAACUGACACUAGCAAUGUUGGAAAAUUUUUUUACAUAGUUAUAAAGUACAUUUGUCAUGAAUUAAAAUUUACUUUACAGUGAAAAACUAAAUGAGUGCUGCUAUGCUAGUACCACAUAGGUACCAUUUGAAAUUACACUUUGACAUCCAUUGCUAUUAUUGAUUUAGUUUUGACACAACCAAUUACUUAAUUGUGUUACAUAUAAUGCUGAGUUAUUGUGCCAUCUUGUGUAUUGGUCUGAAUGUAUAUAAUUUUUGUAUACAGAAAAUGUCAGUACGAAAUAUUUUAAGUGUGAUGGUUAAAGUGUGGUCUGUAUUACAUGAUAAAAUUUGAAAUGUAAGAAUAAUGUAUAUCUGUAUCUGUGUGUUUGUUUUACCUCUAAUUAAUAUGCAUCAUGUAUUGCUGAACAUCUACCUAUCCCCUCAGCUACUUGUAUGUAUUGGAAAGCAUUGUAAGUGUGUGAAAUGAAACAAAACUAGAACAAAUACAAAAUCUGAGAUGAGAACAAA